UAAAAUAUGUUGAUCUAUGAAACUUACCUAUCCUUGAAUUAAAAAAAGAUGGAUUGGUAUAAAUAUACUGAACCCAAACCAAUGGGACCAUAUUUAGUUUGUGUUUGCUGAAGUAUUGUCAUCAUGAAGCUACUCAUCGCCUUUUGCUUCUUAACCGUUGCCUACGCCGCAUCCCUUUCCAGUGACGCCGAAGCCCCAAUCAUCAAACAAGAGGCGGACAUCAGCCCGGACGGUUCUUACCAAUCUUCCUAUGAAACCGGCAACGGAAUCUUGUCCCAAGAGUCCGGCAUCUUGAAAACGAUCGGCUCCGAAACGGGCGAAGAAGUGUCUGGUUCCUAUAAGUACACCGCACCUGACGGAUCUCCGAUCGCUGUCAGUUAUUUGGCCAACGAAAAUGGAUUCCAACCGUCCAGUGACAUUCUUCCAGUAGCUCCGGAACCGGAACCGAUCCCCGCUUACAUUGCCCGUGCUUUGGAAUGGAGUCAGGCCCAUCCUUACAAAGAAGAAGCUCUGCCUCUUGGAAAGAAAUACUAAGCGAACUGCCAACAAUAUUAUAGGAUGCGACUGUGUUACAUGUAAAUAUAGUACUUAAAUUGCAAUAUAUUUUCAUCUGAAAAA